GCCGUCCCACCUGCCCGGCCCGCUCAGCCCCCCGGCGGCGCGCGCUCCUCCUCCCGCGGGGCUCCGGUCGCCGCUCGCAUUCCGUGCUGGGUCCCGCUCGUAGCGGCCAACGUACAGAUUAGCUCCGGGGAAGCCGGCGGGCGACGCGCACAGCCAGGACGGAGCAGCCGCGGGACUGGCCGCCCAGCGCCCCGUUCGCCGCCGUGCCGUUCCCCGGCGCGCUCACCCCGUUUUCGGGAUGGGAGUGUAGUGGCGGCGCGGACUCGGCGGGGAUCGCGGCGGAGGCGGCAGCGGCGGCGGCCGAGCGCGGCUCCAUGUUUUCCCCGGGCCAGGAGGAACCCAGCGCCCCCAACAAGGAGCCGGUGAAAUACGGGGAGCUGGUGGUCCUGGGGUACAAUGGUGCUUUACCUAAUGGUGACAGGGGCAGGAGGAAAAGCAGAUUUGCCCUCUAUAAGCGGACCUACGCCAGUGGUGUCAAACCCAGCACAAUCCACAUGGUCUCCACACCACAGGCGUCCAAGGCCAUCAGCUCCAGAGGACAUCACAGCAUAUCGUACACUUUGUCACGGAGCCAGACGGUAGUGGUGGAGUACACACAUGAUAAAGACACGGACAUGUUUCAGGUGGGCAGGUCAACAGAAAGCCCCAUUGACUUCGUGGUCACAGACACGGUUUCCGGCGGUCAGAACGAAGAUGCCCAGAUCACACAGAGCACCAUCUCUAGGUUCGCAUGCAGGAUUGUGUGUGACAGGAACGAGCCAUACACAGCACGCAUAUUCGCGGCAGGAUUCGAUUCUUCCAAAAAUAUCUUUCUUGGAGAGAAAGCAGCAAAAUGGAAAAACCCUGAUGGACACAUGGAUGGACUCACUACCAACGGUGUCCUGGUGAUGCACCCGCAAGGAGGCUUCACCGAGGAAUCCCAGCCUGGAGUCUGGAGAGAGAUCUCUGUCUGUGGGGAUGUGUACACCUUGCGAGAGACCAGGUCGGCCCAGCAGAGGGGAAAGCUGGUGGAAAGCGAGACCAACAUCCUGCAAGACGGCUCCCUCAUUGACCUGUGUGGGGCCACUCUCCUCUGGAGAACCGCAGAUGGCCUUUUUCACGCUCCUACUCAGAAGCACAUUGAAGCCCUCCGGCAGGAGAUCAAUGCAGCCCGACCCCAGUGCCCCGUGGGCCUUAACACCCUGGCCUUCCCCAGCAUCAACCGGAAGGAAGUGGUGGAAGAGAAGCAGCCCUGGGCAUACCUGAGCUGCGGCCAUGUGCACGGCUACCACAGCUGGGGCCAUCGGAGCGACGCGGAAGCCAACGAGAGGGAGUGUCCCAUGUGCAGGACUGUGGGCCCCUACGUCCCUCUCUGGCUGGGCUGUGAGGCAGGAUUUUAUGUCGAUGCGGGACCCCCAACUCACGCUUUCACCCCCUGCGGGCACGUCUGUUCAGAGAAGUCUGCCAAGUACUGGUCGCAGAUCCCACUGCCCCACGGAACACACGCGUUUCACGCCGCCUGUCCGUUCUGCGCCACGCAGCUGGUUGGUGAACAGAACUGCAUCAAAUUGAUUUUCCAAGGUCCAGUGGACUGACACCCUGGACAGCCAUCUACACGGCAUUAACACGUUACUGUGAAGAUUCUGCCACUAACUGUAGAUUCUACCUUUUUGUAAUGCUGUUUGUUAAGGGGAAGGCGGACUGGGUUGGGAAACGGGGGCUGGUGACGAAAUGCCGCAGGCGCUGACAGAUACCACUGUGUUUUGCAUGCUCAGAACAGCAGCAUCGUCACUGAGGUCUGCCUGAUUAAACUUUAAUACCUGUGUAAUAAUUGGAUCUCAACUGCCAUGCUUUUCUUUUUAACUUUAGGUUUUUAACCAGAUUUUUUCCCCCUUUGUAAACUUGGGUAAGAUUUUACAAAUGUAGAAGAAAUGUACUCAGCAAAUGUCUCUUAGAGUGUAGCCUGCAGAGCCAUGUGGCACAAGUGCCACACAUCCUAUGAUGUUCAGUGGCUGUGAGUACUUGACAGUGGCUAGAAUCUGACCCAAUACCUAAGGGCCAGCUCUAUCAGCCCUGCCACAAACACCCGUGGACAGGAGGCAUAGGCCAUGCACUUGUCUUGAAAUCUACAGCUUUUUCUCACCUUUUCUUUUUAACUUUGGGUGGAAGAGGGUAUCCGUAUACUGUUUUAUUUUACUUUUAGUGGAAUUCACUUACAUACUCAGAUACUUGGCAUGUCAAACAAAGAAUUUCCCCAUGGUUUUAAUCUGCCCUGUUACUUUUGCUUAGUAUGCGCUGUCUCUGCUCCUCAUCUUACGUGUCAAGAAGUAAUUGGUUGGUUGAUUGGUUAAUUGAUUGAUUGAUUGAUUGAUGAUUGAAUUCAUGAGCUGAGGGUAAUGGACUUGCACUAAGGGGGCUGGUGCUGCUGCAGUUGGCAGCAGUGGGCAUGUCCUAGGUACCCUUAACACCAGCAUUGUCUGGACACCAGAACACUUACGACCCAAGUGGGAUUUAAAGUACACUUUUACUUUUUAAAAUCCACUUGCUGGCACUUCACUGUACGGUUUCCUUCUCUUCUCCUUCUUAGGAAAGACAAAAUUUUGUAAGCCCAGAAGCACCAAGCGACAGUGAGAUUGCCAUUUCUGUCCCCUACCUUCCCACCAUCUGUCACCUUCCCUUUCAGUUUAAGGAGCCCCAUAAGUUGUUUGUUUUGUUUUGUUUUGUUUUCAGUGUUUGCAAAUCAGACUAAAUCUAAAUGUGCUCGUGAGAUACACGGAGCACUGAGCAGCGUGUCUGCCGAAAUCAUUUGAAAUUCCUGAUUUUGAGAGACCAAGUGAGUGUUUACUGAGGAAUAAUUAAAUCAGGAUUUCAUGUGAGCUGCAAUGACCCUCUCUUUCAGUUUCGUCUUGCAUUGAUUAAUGAUGCCUGAAUACUCGUUUUCCAUGCUUGGUGCCAGGAGUAUCUGUGGCUCCCAGAGUGUCAGCAUGGAGAGACACUGUUGAGCUUGGCUGCGUUCCACCCCAUUCCCAAGGAGGAAGUCACCAGUUAAGUCAGCGGCUGCUCAGGUGGACCGUCAGCAGGUUUGAGCUGCCUGUUUGAGCAUUUGUAAAUAUAGAUAAUUUAUAUGAUUAUGACAUGUCCAUACUUGAAUUGGUUUUUCCAUAUCUUGCCUAUUAGCGGAUAUUAUUUUGCCUAUUUUCACAAAUUAAGCCUAUGUGAGUACUUUUUCCUGAAAGCCACACGGUGAUAUUAAUUACUCUGCAGUGCUGCUGCUCGGUUUGACUCCAUGCGCUGUCAUUUUAAAAAGAGCUUUACUUUCCCGUGGAGACUGUUCUGUAUUAAGAGAGGGUUUUUUUUGUUUUAAUUAUAUUUAUGAUGUGAAAAUCCAACAGCAGUCUUUUUACUGAUAGUUCCCUGUGUUCUACAUAGAUUACCUGCAGACAAAAAAGAAAGAAAGAAAGAAAGAAAGAAAGAAAGACACAGAGAGAGAGAGAGAGAGAGAGAGAGAGAGAGAGAGAGAGAGAGAACUUUCUAGAGAAACCUAUAGAGUGUCAUCUGGUGCAGCCAGAAUUUCCAUCCCUGUUUUUCAGAGGAGGAUAAAGGAUACACUCACCCUCCCUCCCCUCCCCCCUCCUUAUAUGGAGAUAGAUAGUCUGAGGAUUCUUGAUGUCCUGGGAUUGUCUUCUAAGAUAAAGGGUCUUACACCCAGAAAGAUUAAAUUACACCUAUCCAAAAAAAAGUUUUGUUUUUCAAGGAAGUUCACGCUGACACCAGACUUCUCUGUGUAAAUCUGAGUAGUCCCAAAUAAGGCAAGCACCUCCCCCCCCCCCACCGUCAGAGGUCAUAACAUUGCAAACUCAGCUCAAGGGCAAGUUGAAACUGAUAAACCACAGGCUCUUCAAUGGCGGUAAAGCCACCUGUAGCUUUUCCUUCAGUUUCCAGGUGAAGUCCUGUCCCCCCCUCACCCCAACCCCCUGCCAGAGGAAGAAAGAGGUGUCAGCCUGCAAAGGCAGCCAAGCUGACUUGGACAAUUUCUGUUAAAACCACUUUCUCCUGAGGAAAGGUUUUCAAGUUAGAUAACAGUUACACUUUUGAGAAUCUAGGACUGUUGUUCAUCCAAGUAGAAGGAUGCAGUUGAGAGAAAAGGGAGCUGCUUCAAGGUCAACUCUGUGUGUUCAGCUUUGGCGGCCGUCACAUGAAAGAGGAAUCCCAACCCCCACCUCCACCCCCACCCCCACACUUGUACAUAGGGAAAUCACCAGCCCCUCAUCCUGCUCUCAGCCUGACCAGUCGCCUUUCCAAUAGGCUUCCAGAAGUCACACCCUAGUGACACGCCUCCAUAGAUAUUUUUUUUCAGUUGUUUGUGUCAUUUUCUUACAAAAAAAAAUCAGAGUGAAUGGGAUAUAUAGCUCUGAGUAUUUUUCUAAUGUUUUUUAUUAUUAAUAAUAAUAAACGGUGCUGCUGGGUCAUGCACACUGCGGCUCUCAACAUUUCUUCGAUUUCUUUCAGCUUUUGCAAAAAGGGCUACAGUUCACACUGCAGAACAAGAACUAAGCUUUCUGGGUCUUCUCCUGCCCCCCUCCCCCCCCGUACUUUUGUGGCCCGAAAGAAUUAAAAUCAUUUAAUAUAAAUAGCAUAUUUAUAUCAUUCCUCAAUAGUUAAUUAUAGGGUUUGGUACCUUUGUGCCUCAGGGAAGCCACGUGAUCUAACUGGUUAUAGACUUUCAGGGUUAGGGCGUAGAGAAAGGAGAAAGCCAUUGGAAACAUGACGGACUCCAUUAAGGAGACAAGCUAAUCUAGGUGCAGAAGAAUGCCAGGACUAGCAUAAAUGUGAUUGUAGUAGAACUUGUUUCCCAGUGCUAGUAGGGAAAUCGUUUUAAGUUAUUACCUAUCCUGUAUUCGGAGAGUCGAGAACUCUCCUAAAGCAGCCAGGCCCCCUGUAUGUGUACUAUCAGUUGUUCCAUGAUCUCGCUCCUGCUUUCCUUCUUCAGAACCGUUCUUUUCUUGAGGUGGGCACCAGAGGUGGGCACCAGAGGCGGGCAUUCAUGGCACUCUCGGUCCUGACGUCAUGCAGCCUUGCCUCUCACGGUGGGAAUUCAGACAGACAAGCCCCAGGCCCUUGAUUUCACCAGAUGUGAUUCUGUUCCGGAGCUGCCAAUCCCCUGAUCCCAGAGCCCUGCCUUUGGACUGAAGGUCUGAGGCUCCUGCGGUGGUGAGAAUAGCUCACAGCUCCAGCUGUUGCUUUGUAACCCAAGGCCAAUGAGAUCACUUCAGAACAUUUGUAAAGCAAGCUAAACAUCUCUGAAGCAGGAAGAGUUCUGUCACUACUUUUCAGUAACACGUCCUCAAAAAUACCUGCCCUCACGACUCCCUAGUGGGCAGUAGGGGAAAACGAAUAUAUUUUCCAGAUCUGCUUAACUUUCUAAACAAAAAUGAACAUGCUGAAAAGGAUGCUCUGCCUUUUUAAGAUGAGAUCACAGGUUGCUUCUCUGUGUUAAAUAAUCUAGAAGUCAGGGGGCUAGUCGUAUUUACCAUGUAUAGUGUUAUGAGCAGUUAAAUUUUAUGGCUAUAUUUGUAAAAUCUGUUCUUUUAUAUUUCGUGUCAAAUUGAAAACUUUAUUUCUUCACUGUUGUACCUGUGGAAAUACAAGCCAUUUUACAGGGAAAAAAAAUCUUCAAAAGCUAUUAAACGAAUCUCACCAUGUUUGUAAGUUGUCUUUAGACUCUUGUUAUCUGUCACCGGCUUUACGGGGACGCUCGGUAGGACAUGGAUGCAAACCUAGACUUUAUUUAUACAUUUCUGCAGCUUCCACGUGAAUCCCUAACAGACAGGAUUAUUGUUUCGUUAUCCUCUGCACACUGCAUCUUUACAUCUGUGUUCUGAAAUCUCCCAAAUUUUUUAUUAAAGAAACUUCAUUUUAUUAAGGAAA